UUAUAUAUCUAGCUUUGUUCUGUGAUCGGUUUCCACAGAAAAGUGAAAACCCAAACAAGCCUCAGCUUAUUCAAGUUUCAAUGGAAGUAGUAGAAGAAAUUGUGAUUGUUGGAGCUGGAAUUGCUGGCCUUACAACUUCCUUAGGACUUCACAGGCUGGGAAUUCGGAGCUUAGUGUUGGAAACAUCAGAGAGUUUGAGGACGACUGGAUUUGCAUUCUCAACAUGGACAAAUGCCUGGAAGGCCUUGGAUGCCAUUGGAAUUGGGGAAUCUCUUCGGAGACAACACGAGACACUUCAUAGGAAUGUUACUUACUCAACAGUUUCUGGGCUUCCAGUGUUUGAGAUGUCACUGAAGGACAAGGGAAAACAAGGAGACCAUGAAGUUCGUUGCGUGCAGAGGAAGUUGUUGUUGGAAGCCCUUGCAAAUGAACUUCCUAGUGGCACAAUCAGGUUCUCCUCCAAGGUGGUUUCCAUUGAGGAAUCAGGCUACUUUAAGCUGCUGCAUCUUGCUGAUGGAACCAUCCUCAAGGCCAAGGUCUUGGUUGGGUGUGAUGGAGUGAACUCUGUGGUGGCGAAAUGGCUGGGCUUCAAGCCACCGGCCUUUACAGGGAGACAUGGUAUAAGAGGUCGUGCGAACUACAAGAACAGUCAUGGGUUUGAUCCCAACUUCAUGCAGUUCUUUGGCAAUGGUGUUAGAUCUGGUGCCAUCCCUUGUGACGAUAAAACAGUUUAUUGGUUCUUCACUUGGACUCCAACCAACCAAGAGAAAGAGCUAGAGAAGAACCCAGCUGAGAUGAAGCAAUUUAUGUUGAGCAAGCUGGGAAAUAUACCUGAUGAAAUAAAAGCUGUAAUUAAAAACACUGAAUUGGAUGCUUUUGUUUCCUCUCCUUUGAGAUUUAGGCAUCCAUGGGAGCUUCUUUGGGGAAAUAUUAGCAAAGGCAAUGUUUGUGUAGCUGGAGAUGCGCUCCAUCCUAUGACCCCGGACCUUGUGCAAGGAGGCUGCUCCGCAAUAGAAGACGGUGUUGUGUUGGCAAGAUGUCUUGGUGAGGCCUUGCUGAAAAACUCAAGGCAAGAAAUGAAAGGUAAAAGUGAACAAGGAAAUGAGGAAUAUAAGAAAAUUGAGAUGGGGUUGAAUAAGUUUGCCAAUGAGAGGAGAUGGAGAGGCUUUGACCUGAUUAGUACAGGUUAUAUGGUUGCUUUAAUGCAAGGGAGUGAAGGUAAAAUGAUGUCUACCUUGAACAAAUAUUUGGCUCCAAUUCUAGCUAGGUGGCUGCUACAGAAGGCUGAUUUUGAUUGUGGAAAGCUCAGCAGCAUCUGAUAGAGGACAUUAUUAAGUGGCAAUGACCUAUGAAAGUUUACUCGAGGCAUGGCAAAGAGGGUAAUAUAAAUCCCAUCUCCCAAUCCUUAUUUGGGAUCUUAGGUAAAUGGGUAUUGUACGUAGUUUGGUUAAGUGGUAGUGACUUUAGUGAAGUACGAUGAGUUUUUCCGGUAUGGGUUUGAUAAUUAAUAAAGAGUAUUUCUAAA